AUUAUGAGAAGAAACUUCACUUCAGUGUCUGAGUUCAUCCUCCUGGGACUGACCAAUCGCCGGGAACUGCAGAUUCUCCUCUUCUUGCUGUUCCUGGCUGUUUACCUGGUCACCGUGGCUGGGAACCUGGGCAUGAUCAUCCUCAUCCAGGUCCAUGCCCGGCUCCACACGCCCAUGUACUUUUUCCUGGGCCACCUGGCCUUCGUGGAUCUGUGCUUCUCUUCCAAUGUGACCCCAAAGAUGCUGGAGAUUUUUGUAUCAGAGAAGAAAACCAUUUCCUACCCUGCUUGUCUGGUGCAGUGUUACUUUUUUAUUGCCCUGGUCCACGUGGAGAUCUAUAUCCUGGCUGUCAUGGCCUUUGAUCGCUACAUGGCCAUCUGCAGCCCUCUGCUUUAUGGCAGCAAAAUGUCUAGGAGUGUGUGCAUGUCACUCAUCAUGGUACCUUAUGUGUAUGGAGCCCUCACUGGCUUCAUGGAGACCAUGUGGACCUACAACCUGGUCUUCUGUGGUGCCAAUGAAAUUAAUCACUUCUACUGUGCCGACCCCCCACUGAUCAAGCUGGCCUGCUCUGAUACCUACAACAAAGAAACAUCCAUGUUUGUGGUAGCUGGAUGCAACCUUUCCUUUUCUCUCCUCAUCAUCCUGAUUUCCUACCUUUAUAUUUUUCCUGCCAUCCUCAGGAUUCGCUCCACUGAAGGCAGGCGCAAAGCGUUCUCCACCUGUGGCUCCCACCUGACAGCUGUGACCAUAUUCUAUGCCACCCUCUUCUUCAUGUAUCUCAGACCCCCCUCAGAGGAAUCUGUGGAGCAGGGGAAAAUGGUGGCUGUGUUUUAUACCACAGUGAUCCCCAUGCUGAACCCUAUGAUUUAUAGCCUCAGAAAUAAAGAUGUGAAGGAAGCCUUAACAAAGGAACUGGUCAGGAGAAAAUGA